CUUCCAGACGGCCGAGCAUCGGGAAACAUCUUCAACUAAAACCUCUAAACCUCUACAGGCGUUCAAAGAAGACAAAUAGUUUUUUUCAGAAUGGGAUCGUCAGCUGUUCAGAUGGUAUGUGUGGCCUUUGGGGUCAUGGGGCUCAUUGGGGUCAUCGUCUGCUGCGCCCUUCCUCUCUGGAAAGUGUCAGCCUUCAUAGGAAACAACAUUGUGACGGCGCAGGAGAGUCAAGAAGGUCUGUGGAUGCAGUGUGUGAAGCAGAGCACUGGGCAGCAACAGUGCAAAGUGUACGACUCCUUGUUGCAGUUAGGCUCUGACCUGCAGGCCGCCCGCGCCAUGACCAUCAUCAGCUGCAUGCUCAGUGGGCUCAGCCUCCUCGUCCUCUUCUGCGGCGCCGACUUCACCACAUGUGUUCAGAACGAAGACGUCAAGCCCAAAAUCAGCCUGAUGGCCGCAGUGGGGCUGAUGCUGGCCGGCCUGCUGGUGAUCAUCCCGGUCAGCUGGUCGGCGCACAACACCGUGAGAGAUUUCCACAACCAAUUGGUGCACGAGUCCCUGAAGAGAGAGCUGGGAGGGUGCAUCUAUAUCGGCUGGGCAGCCGGCGUGAUGAUGCUCCUGGCUGGAGGUCUGCUCUGCUGCUUCAGCAGACCCAAAUCCAGCAGCUCCGGAGGAACCGCCAAGUACUACAGCAACAGCGCUUCAGCGCCAAACAAGAACUACGUGUAGAGGCCGGGUGGUACCAGAAACUGUAAAUACUUUAUGCUAAUAUAUGCUAAGAAUAUCUGAAUCUGAUUAUUAUUUCUGUAAUUGUAACAGUUGGUGCUGGAAGGUAUGUGCUCUGUAAAGUUUUAUUUCCAACAGUUUCUGAGCUGGUUUUUUUCUAUCCUGGCAAAAAGGUUGAAUUCCCAUGAAUUUUUCUAGAAAUUUGUGACAUAAUAAUGAAAAAGACAUAUGAAGAAGUUUCUCUAAGCAGCCAAAUGACAUAUUACAUGGAUUGUUACAGGCAAGUUACAAGAUAAUAACCCAAAUGACAAUUUUGUUUGCUUAUUUAGUCCAUUUUAUGUUCAUGAUUUCUUUGCUACCAACCAGAUUUGCCUCAGGAAACAUUUUUGUUGUUGUGUUUCUCAAGCUUCUGCAUGACUUUCUAUUCAUAAAACUGGUUUUGUUUCUCAUUUUGUAAACUCAUCGCUAGAAAUUAUUAAAGCUUUGUCAGAUACAGAUAUGUUUGUAAAAAUGAAUAAAAACACAGAAGACAGAUUCAA